AGAAAGAAAGAAAAGGGUACUUUAAGGAAAAAAAACCACAAAAAACCUGGUCAUGGAUCUCUUCCGGGAGGGAUUUCCAAAGUUGAAACUGUUAAAGGAACUUUUGUUCCUUAUGGCCAUCAUGUGUGCCUAUGCUUCUUAGGGUUUAGGAUUCAUUAUAAAGAGAGUGCUACUGCAAGCCGUUCCUUUUUAGCAAGUUUCCCUUUAUCUAUUUUCUUAACUUUCAGAACAAUGGGCUGGAUUUGAUUUCCCGUAAAUUUGCUAUACUCAAUUUUUUUUCUCUCUGUUUAAGUAGUUCCCCUUAACCAACCCCUAAGCUGCCUUCAGUCUGAAAUUUUCCCCUAGCAGAAGGAUAUUCCUGGCUCUUUGGGAGAGAGAUGAUUCAGGGGCAGAGGAAACAAGUUCCAUUCCACUGUAGCAGCACUUAAUUGACUGCCUGCAGAAUACCAAGCAUUGUGCUGGGCACUGGGCACAGGGAGGGGCAGAGAAGAAGGCAAGAUUCUUACCCUCCAGGAGGAGCAUAAGGCAUAUUAACAGCUGAUUGUAAUUCGGUGUCGCAAGUGUGAUGAGCGAGAUAAGCACGUGGCACUAUGGGGAGCACUAAGCGGGAGCCUCUGAGGGUCAGGGAAGGCUUCCGGAAGAUUAGGAUCUGGAAGGCCCCUAGGAGGUAAACCAAGAAACCUAGAAGAGAAGAAAGGGAUCAAGAUAGAGGGACUCAAGAGGCUUUCUCUUUCCAGUUUUGCAAUUUCUGGGUACACAGUUUCUCCUAGCAUGACCGCGAUCUGAUCAGGAACCGAGAGAAUUUGACUCCUGUGUCUGGUGCUGCAGUGCUGGGGCCUGGUCACCGCCCGCAACUACGGAGCUGCCAUGGCUGCUGCCUUUACUUCCACCCCUGUAAUUUCACAGCCCCAGUUCACAGCCAUGAAUGAACCACAGUGCUUCUACAAUGAGUCCAUCGCCUUCUUUUAUAACCGGAGUGGAAAGUAUCUUGCCACAGAGUGGAACACAGUCAGCAAGCUGGUGAUGGGACUUGGAAUCACCGUCUGUAUCUUCAUCAUGUUGGCCAACCUACUGGUCAUGGUGGCAAUCUAUGUCAACCGCCGUUUCCAUUUUCCUAUUUAUUACUUAAUGGCUAAUCUGGCUGCUGCGGACUUCUUUGCUGGGUUGGCCUACUUCUACCUAAUGUUCAACACAGGACCUAAUACUCGGAGACUGACAGUCAGCACGUGGCUCCUCCGUCAGGGCCUCAUUGACACUAGCCUGACGGCAUCUGUGGCCAACUUACUGGCUAUUGCAAUCGAGAGGCACAUCACGGUUUUCCGCAUGCAGCUGCACACACGGAUGAGCAACCGGCGGGUAGUGGUGGUGAUUGUGGUCAUUUGGACUAUGGCCAUUGUUAUGGGUGCCAUACCCAGUGUGGGCUGGAACUGCAUCUGUGAUAUUGAAAAUUGUUCCAACAUGGCACCUCUCUACAGUGACUCUUACUUAGUUUUCUGGGCCAUUUUCAACUUGGUGACCUUUGUCGUAAUGGUGGUUCUCUAUGCUCAUAUCUUUGGCUAUGUUCGCCAGAGGACUAUGAGAAUGUCUCGGCAUAGUUCUGGACCCCGGCGGAAUCGGGAUACCAUGAUGAGUCUUCUGAAGACUGUGGUCAUUGUGCUUGGUGCCUUUAUUAUCUGCUGGACUCCUGGGUUGGUCUUGUUACUCCUCGAUGUGUGCUGUCCGCAGUGUGACGUUCUGGCCUAUGAGAAAUUUUUCCUUCUGCUUGCCGAGUUCAACUCUGCCAUGAACCCCAUCAUCUACUCCUACCGUGACAAGGAGAUGAGUGCCACCUUCAGACAGAUCCUCUGCUGCCAGCGCAGUGAGAACACCAGCGGCCCCACGGAAGGCUCAGACCGCUCGGCUUCCUCCCUCAACCACACCAUCUUGGCUGGAGUUCACAGCAAUGACCACUCUGUGGUUUAGAAAGGAAGCUAAGAUGAGAAGCGAGCCAUCAUCCACUGAGGGAUGAACAGCCUCCCCCUACCCAAAUGCUAGGGCCAGGUGGCACGCGAGAGAGAGAGGAGAAAUGAACUCAUGUACUUAAACACUAACCAAUGGCAGUAUUUGUUCCUAGACCCAAGAAGACUUGAUAUAUAUUGAAAAUUAGCUUAUGUGACAUCCCUCAUCCUGAUCCCCAUUCGUUUUGAAAGUAGAAGGUGGAGAUCUUGCAAUGGAAUUCAUAAAUAGACUCUGGAGUGUCCAUUUAGACUACACUAACUAGGCUUCGAAAGAUUUUGUGUGGUUUGGUGCAAGUCAGAAUAAAUUCUGACUAAUUGAAUCCACAACUUCAUUUAUAUACAGGCUUCCCUUUUUUAUUUUUAAAGGAUACAUUUCAUUUAAUAAACAUGUUUAUGCCUAUCAGCAUGCUUGUGAUGGAUAAGCCUAAGACUGUUUUUACACUACCGUAACUCCAUUUUUUCCUUAUUUAGGAAAACUGUAAAUUAGAAUUAUUUUUUAGAAAGCAUGCAUAUAAUGUAUGUAUGCAGUAUGCCUUACUUAAAAAGAUAAAAGGGUAUUAAUUUUAAAUCUUCUAGAAAAGAGAAGAACCUAGAUGUCGAAGCCAGUAUUUGUUUAGGUUAUGAAACAAACAAUGCUUUGAUCACAACAUGACCUUUUUUAAAAGUGUUGUAACACAUAUAAAACAGAGGGAAUGUAAAUUUAUUACCAAAAGAAUAUGUACUCUAAGAAAGUCAUAGAAGAUGAAGCAUAGUAAUAUUGUUCCACAUAUUUAUAACAGCCAAUACAUUCUAAUUAUCAGUACGUCAGAGGAAUUUUUUAAUAGCCUGUGUUUUUCUGUAUUAUAAAAUAAUACAUAGACAUUGUUGUAGAAAACUUGAAAGAUGCAGAAAUGUAUAAAACAGAAAAAAAAUUACUGAUAAUAUCACAACUCAGAAGUAACCACCGUUAACAGCUUUUCCCCCUGUGUAUGCCUAUAUGUAUAUUAUAUACCUUUUUAUAUAAUUGGGAUAAUAUUGUAAACAAUUUUAUAACCAGUUUUUUUUCCACUGCAGAAUUGCCACGUUUUCCUGUGGCAUUAAAAAUUUUACAAAAACAUAAUUUUAGUGGUUAUAUAAUACUCCAUUUAAUGGGCGCAACUCGGUUUAUUUAACCAUUCCCAUAUUGUUGACUACUUAGGUUAUUUCUAAUUUUCACUAUUAUAAAUAAUGUUGCAAAACUUUUGUAUAUAGAAAACUUUGUCCAUGUAAUUGAUUAUUUACUUAGGACAUAUUCCCAUGAAGGAUUUUUUUAAAAUGUGAAAUGUCUUUUUAUGCUCUUACCUUUUAUAAAAAGGGAUUUCUUGCUUUGUACCGCAUUGGUGGCAAUUGUGAGGAAAGCCAGUUAAAUUACCUUUUUAGAAAGGAAAUACAGUGGUUUCUUUAGUUUAGAGUGACUUUUUUUAUAUAACAAGAUGGCCUAGAAACAGUCAACUGUCAUAAAUAACCAGGGCACCCUGGUUAAUAUGUCUAGCAAUUCCAAAUUUUGUUUGAGGGACUGAUUCUCAGCUGUUGGUAGCCAUGACUGUCAUGUAGAAUUGGAGAAAAUGCAAAGAAAUCAAACGUGCCGAGUGUAGAAAGGAUCUUCAUAUUAAAUAGCUUGGACCCUUCUGUAUCAGGCAAGUAGUGUGUGUCAGUGUGUGACUGGAUGCCAUGCAUUAUCUACGUAAGCUAGUAAUCGCACCAGUUUGUUAUAGUAAGUAACCAGCUAAGCCACAGUCAUGAAGCAAGUAUGGGAAAGUCAGGAGUACGUUUAAGAGAAAGAUGUCCAGAAGAAAAAUGGUUGUGUAGGAAGGGGGAAGUCAGUGCAUGGGCACCAUUCGAGCAGAGGGCAGACUUGUAAAGUGCCCAAAGUGAAAAGAAUGUGAGGAACCAGUUAGCAGAAAGGUGUUUGCACAUACUUUAUACAAACUACAGAGCAUCUUAUAUUGGAAGUGAAAGCAAUGAACUUGGACUUUUACUCAUGUGCAUAUAUUCUGAAGGCAAUAUGGACUAUUUGAAAUUAAAAACAUACUAAUUGGACCUUAAUAAAUCAUUCUCAAUCCGUGUUUUGGUAA